GCUGUGCCAUUGCUACAUCGAUCGAGCUUACUAGCUUUCCAUCAUCCCACCACUGCCUCUGCUAAGCUACUCUGACCGGCCGGCGCCAUGCGGCGGCGCUCGUCGCUCGUCCACGCCGUCCUCCUCGCGGUCGCGGCGGUCGCGCUGCCGCUCGCCGCCGGCCAGCCGUGGCCGAGCUGCGGCACCGGCGGCACGUACGCGGCGAACAGCACCUACGAAACCAACCUCCUGGACCUCAUCAGCGCCCUCCAGGGGAACGCCUCCUCCUCCCCCACCCUCUACGCCUCCGGCGCCGUCGGCUCCGGCGGCCGCGACGCCGUCUACGGCGUCAUGCUCUGCCGCGGCGACCUGAGCACCUCCGACUGCAACGACUGCGGCACCAGGGCCGGCCAGGACGUGGGGCGAGUCUGCAACCGCACCAGGGACGCCGCCCUCGUCUACAACCAGUGCUACGUCCGCGUCUCCGACGCCGACUUCCUCGCCGCUGCCACCAACAACUCCGGCGAGGUCGCCCUCAUGAGCUCCACCAACAUCACCCGCGCCGCCGACGUCAGGGCGUACGACGCCGCGGUGGUCAGCCUCCUGAACGCCACCGUGCGGUACGCGGUGGAGAACUCGACGAGGAUGUUCGCGACGGGGCAGCGGGUGGGGAGCGACCCGGGGUUCAGCGACAUCUACUCCAUGGCGCAGUGCUCGCCGGCGCUGUCGCGGCCGCUGUGCCGGAGCUGCCUCGACGGCCUCGUGGGGCAGUGGUGGGACACGUUCCCGGUGAACGUGGAGGGCGCGAGGAUCGCCGGCACGCGGUGUAACCUGAGGUCGGAGCUGAACCAGGGCACGUUCUACACUGGCCAACCGAUGGUGGUGCUGCGGGCCGACGGACUCGCGCCGGCGCAAGGGCCGGCGCCGGCGGCUACGACGGGAGGUAAGAAUAAUUCAGCAAGCAAAGUUCUGGUAAUCGUCGUGCCGAUAGUGGCCGUUGCAAUCGUAGCUGCAACUUCCUUUUGUAUAUGGAAUGUGCGUAGGAAAAGAAGAUCAAGAAAAGCAGAACAUUUCUCUGAACUUGACGCAUCUGAGGACCUUGAAAGUGUCAAGUCGACCUUGAUAACUCUAGCGUCAUUGCAAGUAGCAACAGAUAACUUCCACGAAAGCAAGAAACUCGGUGAAGGGGGAUUUGGUGCAGUUUAUAAGGGACUUCUUUUUGGACAAGAGGUAGCCGUGAAGAGGCUGGCAAAGGGUUCAAACCAAGGGCUAGAAGAGCUUAAGAACGAGCUAGUUCUAGUGGCCAAACUGCAUCACAAGAAUCUUGUUCGUCUUGUGGGGUUUUGCCUAGAGGAGGGAGAGAGGUUGCUUGUCUACAAGUACAUACCGAAUAAAAGCCUUGACAUAUUUCUUUUCGACUCGGAGCAAAGCAGACAACUUGAUUGGGCAACACGAUUCAAGAUCAUCGAAGGCAUUGCUAGAGGACUACAAUAUCUUCACCAGGACUCACAGAAGAAGAUCAUCCACCGUGACAUGAAGGCGAGCAACGUCUUGCUAGAUGCAGACAUGAACCCAAAGAUCGGCGACUUCGGCCUCGCUAGGCUCUUUGGGCAGGAUCAGACUAGAGAUGUCACCAAUCGCAUCGUUGGAACAUUUGGGUACAUGUCUCCUGAAUACGUGAUCCGUGGGCAGUACUCUACAAAGUCAGACGUGUUUAGCUUUGGCAUUCUCGUCAUAGAGAUCGUGACGGGACGGAGAAACAGCGGCCCCCAUUUCUUAGAACAAAACGAAGAUUUAAUAAGCAUAGUACGGAGGCACUGGGAAGAGGGAAAUAUUGUAGAGAUGACUGACCACUCCUUGGGAAGAAACUACCCUGAAGCUGAGCUGCUGAAAUGUGUAAGCAUCGGUCUCCUGUGCGUGCAGCAAAACCCUGUAGAUCGGCCUACAAUGGCAGAUGUCAUGGUUUUGCUUAACAGCGAUGCUACCAGCACUCUGCCGGCUUUUGCAACUCAUAGCCCAACAAUUUCCAUCGAGGGGAACUCUGGUUACUCUCAAACCGUUACACAAUUGUCUCCUAGAUAGCAGGGGGCUAAAACAUAGUUGGUACUAGAAAAUACCCCGCGAGUUGCUGCGGGAUAUAAUGUAUCUAAACAAAAUGAAGUGAAAUUCUAAGAGAACAAUUGAUCCAUCACAUUUAGACAUAGUGCAUACCAAUAAAAGAAAGCGAAAUUCUAUGAGGACAUUUGAUCCAUCACAUUUAACAUACUAUAUGGGUUGGAUAGGUCCAAGUACUCCUUAGCAGAGCUUCAUCCUGUUUCAUCGAUUAUAGGAAAAUGAAUUUUCUUGACUACAAAUUUUGGAAAUAAUACAAACUCAUCUUAUGAGGAGAUUGUGAAACUUGCGUAAUAUAUGUGUAAGGACAGGAAAGGUGUAUAACAAUCAAAGACCUGUUUAUUGCGCUAUGCUACAAAUUAAAUGAGGAUUAGUUGUACUAUUCUUUUUAGCAAUAUAUGACAGACUGAUAGAGAUAUAUAAGAGAUGGCGUUAUAUUAUUUGAUUGGAAUAAAUAAUAUUACAAUAAUAAAUAAAAUAAUAGAGUGGGCUAAGCUGAUGAAACAAAAUGGAGAAGCAAAGACGGAGUUAUUGAAAUGGAUGAUCCUGGGAGCUGCAACUUCUUUCUGUGAACCAAAGAAAUGGAGUCGACUGAAGGUGAUAAUCUUGAACUUUGUUUUGUCCUUUUCCCCCUACUCAAGAAGAGUUACAUCUAAGUUCGCAUGUUUUCUUUCUCGUCUGCUACCUACUAUUUGUGUUGGGCCAAAGUAUUGGCUGAAAACGCUCCUUUCUUGUUUGAGCUGGUCUCCCCAGCCUGUGGAUGUAAAAACUCUCUUUAUAUAAAAGCUGGGCCAUCUGGCCUUCUAUCAAAAAAAAAAAGUUCCAGAAAUCAUUCUCGUUGAAUCGUAGUAUAGCUCAAAUAUGAAUAGAGGUAGAAAUUAAUGACCAGAAUUUACUUUCCCAAUUAGCUAGUAAGAGCAUCUAUGAUAAAAUCCAUCAGCAUGAUAUAACAUGAAUGGAGGGGAAAUGUGACAUUAAAUUUUAUGAAGGAUAAAAAAGUGAUAUCAUGCAGAUCUAGCCAAUGGCUAGGCAGAUGAAGACAAACAGGAGCAUUGCCUUUUUCUAUACAGGAGGAAUGAGUACAACCAAUAAACUCAUCCCAAAGCCAUCUGUUUCAACCUUGUGAGCCAAUGAGCUGAUCAGCUGAACAUGGGAAAAUGAGGGAAGAGAAGCACCUGAUUCAGCAAGAAGACCCCAUGGGAACAGAAAAAAGGUAUAGGCCAGGAAGACACGAAUGAAUGGGCUGCUUGUGUGCAAUGAAACAAUCUCACUGAAGGAGAAACAAUUGUGUCGGUUUGUGUCCAAUAAAUCAAUAUGAAGAUUGGCGAAUCCAGCUGUUGUGCUGCAACAAUUUGUUUCAUAG